UGGUUCUCCCAGUUGCCUCCAAUAGUCUGAUCAACUAGCGAACUGCGGCGUGCGAGAAGUGCGUGAGCUCAGCUCUCUGUUUCUCUGCUCAUCCUUAGCGAUCGAGCUAGCUAGUUGCCGAGCGUCUGAUCCUUGGGAAACCGGGACCAAAUGGCUUGCAAUGAGGAGCUCCUCUCGAAGAUUGCCGCCGGGGAGGGCCACGGCGAGAACUCGUCCUACUUCGACGGGUGGAAGGCCUACGACAUGGACCCGUUCCACCUGCACCACAACCCCGGGGGCGUCAUCCAGAUGGGCCUCGCCGAGAACCAACUGUCGCUGGACCUGAUCGAGGAAUGGAGCAUGAACCACCCGGAGGCGUCCAUCUGCACAGCGCAGGGCACGUCGCAGUUCAAGAGGAUCGCCAAUUUCCAGGACUACCAUGGCCUGCCAGAGUUCAGACAGGCGAUGGCCAAUUUUAUGGGGCAGGUGAGGGGAGGGAAGGCCACGUUUGACCCCGACCGUGUCGUGAUGAGCGGAGGAGCCACCGGGGCGCAGGAUACGCUCGCCUUCUGCCUCGCGGACCCCGGUGACGCCUACCUCGUGCCCACGCCAUACUACCCAGCUUUCGACCGUGACUGUUGCUGGAGAUCAGGAGUCAAGCUGCUGCCGAUCGAAUGCCACAGCUCCAACGACUUCACGCUUACCAGGGAGGCGCUCGUGUCGGCGUACGACGGCGCGCGGAGCCAGGGCAUCCGCGUCAAGGGCAUCCUCAUCACCAACCCCUCCAACCCGCUCGGCACGACCAUGGACCGCGGCACGCUGGCGAUGCUCGCCACGUUCGCCACGGACCACUGCGUCCACCUCAUCUUCGACGAGAUCUACGCGGGCUCGGUGUUCGCGCAGCCGGACUACGUGAGCAUCGCGGAGGUCAUCGAGCGCGACGUCCCCAGCUGCAACAGGGACCUGAUCCACAUCGUGUACAGCCUCUCCAAGGACGUUGGCCUCCCGGGCUUCCGUGUCGGCAUCAUCUACUCGUACAACGACGCCGUCGUGGCCUGCGCGCGCAAGAUGUCCAGCUUCGGGCUCGUCUCGUCCCAGACGCAGUACUUCCUGGCGAAGAUGCUCUCGGACGUGGAGUUCAUGGACCGCUUCCUCAGGGAAAGCGCGCGGCGGCUGGCGGCGCGGCACGAGCGGUUCACCUCGGGCCUCCGCGAGGUCGGCAUCGGGUGCCUGCGCGGCAACGCGGGGCUGUUCUCGUGGAUGGACCUGCGGGGCAUGCUCCGGGAGAAGACGCCGGAGGCGGAGCUGGAGCUGUGGCGGGUAAUCAUACACAAGGUGAAGCUGAACGUAUCGCCGGGCACUUCGUUCCACUGCCGCGAGCCCGGGUGGUUCCGCGUCUGCCACGCCAACAUGGACGACGAGACCAUGGAGAUCGCGCUCGACCGCAUCCGACGCUUCGUUCACCAGCACCAGCACCAGCACCAGAAGGCCAAGUCCAAGAGCUGGGCCGCCAGGAGCCAGCUCCGCCUCAGCAUGCCGCGCCUGGGAGGCGCCGCGGCGUCGCACCUCGCGCUGUCCAGCCCCAUGGCGUUGCUGUCGCCGCAGUCGCCGAUGGUUCACGCCGCCAACUAAUCACGGGCAAGUCAGCGAAGUUGACAGGGUGUGCCCUACAUAGUCAUGUGUACGUACGUCCUUUUUUCGAUCGCAUGGUCGUACAAAGACGUGGUGCAGCAAGUCCAUGUGAUCGUUCGUGGAAAGAUUUGACACGCAUUCAGCAUGUAGCUAGCUUGACAUUUUACAGAGACGUAUCGGCGUCAGGCAUAUGUAAGUAUGACAAAUUUGUCCAUUUUUUCUUGUAUUAACCGGAUUGAUGUGUGAAGCAUGGCAGAAUAAUGAUCGGAUAUGGCAAUUAAAGCCUGUCCAUCUGUUGUUGUAAACUUGUGGUAAGGGUUUAGAAUCCAAUAUGUACCACAACAUAUAUAAGUGUGUAUAAUAAUUUUUUAAACACAAUAUAAUGCAUUCGUUUACCAA